CAACACCAGGUAGGUAAUUCAAUAGGUUCCUUUUUACUUCUACCCACAUUUGCUUUUUUUGGGAACCAUAAGCGUACCUACAUUAGUUAAUUGGAUUUUUUCGUACAUUUAAGUACAUUCUCCGCAUGCGUUACAUCGUUAGAACGUCUUGUAAAACAACUUGGAACUAAGUGGUUAAACUUAUAAGUUUUUUGUUUAACUAAUCAAUAUCAGUGAUAUUUAUUUAUACAUAGUUUGAAUAGUUUCACAUUUUACUGAUUUAGAAAAUGGAUGUUACUACAAUUAUUGGUACGCCUGAUACAUCCCCCAAGGAUUAUAUUCCAACGUACACACCCACACACGAUUCAGGAAGUUCUAACUUGGCAGCUAUUUUUGGGAGAAAAUCAGAUGCGUUGAGCGCUGUUAAGCUGGAUCCAGCUGUUCUGGAAGCCCAGGUGACUGUCAAUGCGACACCAGAACCAGUUCUUCAGAAGUAUAGCACUACUCCAAACAUUCCGUCAGAUGCUAAAGUCGCGAAAGAUACAAACGCGCAGUCGAAAUUGGACUUCAAGGCGAUGGUAAUGAAGCAGGAAGAAGCGCUUUUAUCUCUUACUCCGCAGCAGCUUGAGAUGCUCAUGCAGUUCACACACACCAUGCGAAGGCAGCGACAAGUCCUGCAGAAGCAGCUGGAAUGUUCGUUUUGUAAAAACAAAGGGGAGCCAGUAUCUUGGUACUCCUCCCACUGCCUGAAGGACGGGCGCGGUCGCGUCAAGUGCCCGGUGCUCAGAGCCUUCAGAUGCCAUCUGUGCGGAGCCACGGGUGAUCGAGCGCACACCAUCAAGUACUGUCCAGAUAACAUCUUGUUAGACGCAGAUUACUGGAGUCGUGGUGGAAGCAACAUGUGAAAAAAGUAUACACUUGUUAUUAUUUAAAUAAACUU